UUACCUUGGAAGCUUCAGUUCUUGCAGUUCGUCUCCCGCUCGUUUCGUUUCUUCUCCCUCCAAAUUCGGAAUCAUCAAUCGAUUAACCGCCUCCCAUUCUACAACUUCGUAACUGCCGUAAAACCGCCGCACUUCUUAACUGCCGUCCCGUACUAUAUAAUUGAUAGGAGGUUGAAGUUUUUUCUUGCGAGAGGAAGUUGGUGAAUUGCGAAAUCUCAGGAUGGUCUUCAAAAAGGGUCACACCGGAUCAAAUAAGCAAUGGAAAUUUGCAAUGAAUGAAGUUUUUAAGGAUAAACCUCCCCAGGUACCCGGCACUAGUAACCGUAAGAAGUAUGUGGAACCGGAAAUUGAUGAAGAUGAUGAAGAGUACGAGGAAGAUCUCGUUGGAUCAGGGGAUGAUAGUGAAGAUACACCAUAUGAAGAGGAGGGUGAGGAGUUAGAGGACGAAGAAGAAGACGACGACGAAGAGUAUGUAGAUGAGGAUGAGGAUGAGGGGGAAAAUGAUGUUGGUGUAAAGUGUAAGUUGAAAAAUCAGGGCAGGAAAACGGGUAAUGCUAAAGGAAGGCGUCCUGUUGUUGUAGAGGAGGAUGAUGAGUUUUAUGAUGAUCUUGAAGUUGAUGCUCGUGCUAAGUUGAAGAUGAAAGAGCGCAGUAGGAAGUAUGCUAAGAGCAGGCGUUUAGCUAAUGAUGUAGAGGAUGAAGGAAAUGAUGAUGAAGAGGAUGACGAGGAAGAUGGAGAAGCUGAUGUCCGUAGAGUGGGGAAGAAGCAUCCGAAGCAUGUAGGCCAAAAUGUUAGGCGGUAUCCAGAAGAUGAACAACAUGGGUUGAGGAAGAAACAUUUGAAGGUGAUUAGGAAGAGGCGUCGUGGGGAUACUGAUGACGAGGAAGAACAGGGGAAGCCUGUGAAGAAGAAGUUGUUGCUGAAGAAAAAGGUUGGUAAGAUUGUUGAUAAAGAGCGUAGAAAAGGAAAGUCUCCUCUUAAAGAUAAGGGAAUGACUAAGAGAGGCAAGAAUAGGAGAGUGUUUCUGCGGGUUCCAAUCCCCCAACAUCCAAUAUCUAGGGGUGAAUAUGCCAAGUGUCAUGAUGUUGUAGUUGCUACCCAAAGGGCUAAUUGCGAUCGCAAGCAACCGAGUGUUAUAUGCCGCACUGAUGCUUUCUCAAAGAUCAUUGCUGGAUUUGAUGACUCUAGAAGAGCCUGUGUGCAAAAAAUGGGGUUUGGAGGAUUGUUGGAGUUGAAAAUAUCCAAGCUUCCGAGGCAGCUUUGUUAUUGGCUGAUGACCAGAUUGGACGGAGUCAACAGUUAUCUGGUAGGUGGUGACGGGCAUGUGUUGCCGAUCACACCUGGCCAUUGGGAAGAUGUGUUUGGUUUGAGGAACAGCGGGCUUCCCGUCCCUGAAAAGGAUUCUGAUUUGCCGGCUGGAAAAGCUCUAGCGUAUGCAGUGAAGUAUGGUGAGAAAAACCCUGCAAACAACAAGACCACAGUACUGAUAUCCAACGCAACUCGCGUGUUGUUAGGUCCCUUGGACAAGCUCGGCAACUUAGUGCCGCUCGCAAAUCAACGUCAAAGGACUGAGUUCAUGGAGAACUUCAUGAUUGUGGUAAUGGGACAGAUUCUUUGUCCUUCUACUGAUGGUGCAAACAUGUCGACGAAACUGCUAGGUGCUGUAUGUGUUGCAAAGGACGCAGAUCAGUAUAACUGGUGUGAGUUUUGUCACAAAUGGCUGCUAGACUACGCGAUCACAUGCCAGCGGAAGCUAGAAGUUCAGGGUUAUGCGGCUGGGACUGGUGGUUGUGUUUUGUUUUUGUUGGUUUUUUAUCUAGAUCGUUUAUGUCGGCUUCCUGUCCGUUGGGACGAGUUCCCCAGACUAAAAGUCUGGACUGAGGAGGAAGUGGAGAAGGUGAAACUUCAUGAUAGGAAGCCUACUGAAGACUAUGGGAGGUUAUCGACGUUUGAUGUUGUUUACCGGGAGCCCCAUCCUCUAUUUGGAGAAAGAAGGCCAUUGGCAGAAGAGGUUGCUGAUAUGUCCAAUGACAAUGAAAGAAUGGUGAUUCUUUCAUUUAAGGACUGCUUAAUCCCCCAAAGUAUUAUUGUGAAGUCUUUUAAAGCAGAUGAAAGACUUAUGAGUGUCAUGGUGGUUAAGAAAUUUGGUACACCGGACUGUGUACCAAAUAAUAGAAACUGGAAUAUAUUUGUUAUGCAAAGGAUGGCCCCCUUACUGCAAGACCUCCGUGUCGUGAUACGAGAACAAGUAAUCAUACGCAGGCUGGGGGCAAAGGAAAGUGUUGCUGAAAAAGAUCCCUCCCCUGGUGUUGCUGAAAAAGAUCCCUCCCCUGCUAGCAGUUCCCAUCGCCAAAUCAGCGAUAAUGCUUAUAUUAACGUGGAUGGUGAGCCAAUGGCGGUGGAUAAGUCGGUCAACAAGGUCCUGAGUGAGUUAGAUGUCAUUGUACUGGAGGAGGAUGAAACAGACAAUGUGCAACACACAGUGGAACAACCAUUGGGAGGUGAAGAAAAUGUGUUUGUGAAUUACCAGUCCUUGCCUGUGGAGCAGCCCGUGUUUGAGUUUCUGCAUGUUCCAGCAGUGGUGGCCGUGCAGAAUGAGCCUAUGGAGGAGGCAGAGCAAGUGCAGCAGGCCCCCCCACAACAAGUGGUUGAGCUAGUGCAGCACUAG